AUGAAAUUCACCCAGGCGGAUUGGGAACAGCAUGUUGCGAACAAUCACGUGCCGUACCGCCGUGAUUGUGCAGUUUGCGUGCACGGUGCCGGAAACGGCCGCCGCCACCACGGUGUAGUUCACCCGGAUGUGUAUUGCAUGUCAGCCGACAUUGCGGGGCCCAUCCGUGUGAAGGGCAAAGACCCAGAAAGCCGCAACCACCGACCAGCCACGUUCAAGUACUUCCUCGCUGUGUCGUACCGCUUCCCACGGCUCAAAGGAGUGAAGGAGGAGUCAGACCCCAGCCAAACCGAGGGGUUUGAUGAUGCAGCACUCCUCCCGGGAGGGACGGAUGACCUUGCAGAUGAGGCCUUUCCCGCAGCAGAAGGCCCCCCGCACGAGGAUUACGAGGACUCCCUGUACGAGCCAAGUUUAGCGGAAGAAGAGGAGGAGGCGGAAGGUGAAGGAGUUGAAGGGCCGAGGGAGUUUGCAGCCAAAGUUGCCGAGGAGCAUCCCUGGGAGUCAGCCAGGUGUGAACUCGAAACACCGCCUGACAUGGCGAGGGUUCGCGGCAAGCGGUCUGCUGGUGUGAGACUUGACGACGUCUUUGCACUUGACCCGCCGCCUCCCUUGCCGCCGCCAGCAGAAGCUCCACACCCGGAAGGGCCUGUGUCACCGGUUGAGGAGGAGUCUGCCCGUGUAGCGCGCUUGAGUCUGCAAGACCUUGAAGGUUUAGCUACGGAGCUUAUCGAGGACGACUGGGACCUUGAUGAAGCGUUGUGGGUGUUAGCCGAAGUGUGCAGAGCAGCGCCCCAGCUGCAACACAAAGCUGGGUUGUACCGUCACGGAGGUGUCGUAGGAGUUUUAGGGGGUACCACAGAUAAGCCUUGGCUGACAGAGCUUAUGAAUAUGGUGCUUUCCGCAGUUGCACCCACAGCUGAGUACACCUCGCUUUGGUUGUCUAACUCCACUGUUCAACCCGUGCACGCCGACCACCACAACCUGCAGGGAUCCACAAAUGUAGUCAUCCCUUUGAAGCUCCCGCCUAACGGAGGGGAUUUGUGGAUAGAACUCAAGCCUGGUGACCUAGUCAGUGGCCUUGUAGAGGAGCGGGUCGACGGCAAAGGCAGGCGCUGGUUAGGGACAACUCACAAGUUAGAGCGCGGUAAGCCCUUCUUCCUAGACCCUACUCGCCGCCACGCCACCACUCCCUGGAAGGGUGAGAGAGCAGUCCUUGUCGGCUACACUGUCAACACGUUAGGCAAAGAGCUCGAGCACGAGUUUCAAAGCCUUGAAGCUUUAGGUUUUCCACUCCCAGCGUCGGUACGUUUACCGCUGACUGAGCAGCAAGACGUGAGACGUCUAGACGCGUUUGACUGCUUCGAAGAAGAGCCCCUUCAGGAGACAACGGCACGUCACCCUGACGGGAAGACUUCUGAGUUAGCACCUGGGACUGUGCUUAAGGGCGGAGGUUGGAAAGAAACCCAAGCCGUAGAAGCAGGUACUGUAGAGCUGGAGGUGUCGUGGAACCUGAAACACUCGCCGGACCAAAGGCGAACCCAGUCUGAGCACGCCCUGCUGGCUUGCCAACCAGACACCGAGACACAGGUUGAGGAGGAGGAGAGCUUAAGCGAAGACUCCUUGCCGGAACAACCAGUGCUGUGGGAGUUGUGGGUUCCACACCCGCAGACAGGUGAGCAGCUGUGUGUUCUCAGGUCUGACGAUUCGGACGCGAGUGAAGCUUGUGCCCUUUGCAAGUCUGAGCCGGUUUACACUACCAACGUAGAGCUGUUGCUUGACGGGUUGCAAGAACCACUGCAGGUAGUUCACACUGUAGACCCUCGGGAUGCAGAGCAAUGCAUCGAGAAGUGGAUGCCGUCCAUUCACAAAGAGAUCGGUGUCAUUGAGAAGGCUGUGCGGCGACUGCCCCCUGCAGAGGUCCGUUCGGGAGGUGACGCUGCCCUCGCUACCCGGAAGGGUCAAGCUUACCACAAACGCAAGGCUCGCUUGGUCGCUUGUGGCAACCACGCCUACAGUGAAACUCAAGCUGUGGGCACUGGGACCGUGGCGCAGCAAGACCUGCAGCUGAGUGCCUUCGCUGUCUUGCUCGCCUUCUUUCAGGUCGUAGGUGCUGCCAGCCAGACAACGGACGAGGAAGAAGACUUGUCUCUCCCCGUGUCGCUUGAUGCAGAUUUGAUGUUGGCAGUAUCCAUCAUCUGCAUUGGUAUCUGCUUCAUUGCAGUGUGGGAGUUCUUCAAGUGGUGCCUUCCAGGCGUCAUCUCCCGCCGAGAGGCAGGGACACCCGUGUUGUCUCUGAGCCCCCGCAAGGCGCGCAAGUUACAGCGCCUUCGAGAUCAAACUGCGCAGGCCAUCCAGGCCGAGAUCUCUGCACGUGAGGAGGCAGCAAGCUCGCAGUCUGUGGAGCACCAACGCGCUACUUUGCAACACCCGAAGGGUUUGUUGAGUUCGAAGUGUGCCAGCAGUGCCACGGGAGCGCUGCAGACCACACCCAGCACAGCACAGGGUAGGAACUACUCCACCCUUGCGGGUUGGAUCUCUCAGUGA